AUGGCUGGUCGUUUCGUUCGGGCCUCCAAAUACCGCCACAUAUUUGGAAAGCCAACGAGGAAGGAGUUUUGCUACGAUAAUUUGCGCAUCAGCCGCAAUGCGUGGGACACCAACCUUAUCAAGGUCAAUCCGGAGUAUUUGUCUGUCAAUUGGGACGCCUCUGGUGGCGGCUCGUUUGCCGUCCUUCCCCUGAAUGAGAGGGGCAAGAUACACGACCAGAUUCCCUUGUUUCGAGGACAUACAGCCCCAGUUUUGGACACUGACUGGAAUCCUUUCAACGACCGCUUCAUCGCUUCUGCCUCUGAGGACGGCAAGGUGUUUCUGUGGGAGGUGCCCGAGAAUUUUACCCUGUAUACCGAUGCCGAGGAGGUCACCGACGUGUCCCCUGUCAGCAAACUCUCUGGCCACUCGAGGAAAGUCGGACAAGUUCUUUUCAAUCCAUCGGCCGAAAACAUAUUAGCAUCCGCGUCCGGCGACUUCACGGUCAAGAUUUGGGAUGUCAGCACUGGGCAGAGUCCCCUGGCUCUCAAGCACAACGAUAUCGUGCAGAGCCUGUCGUGGAACCCCAGCGGCAACUUGCUUGUCACGACCUCCCGGGACAAGAAGAUUCGAGUGUGGGAUGUCCGUCAAGAGAAGCCUGUCCACGAUGCUCCUGGUCACAGUGGCGCCAAGAACAGCAGAGCUGUGUGGAUGGGCGAGCAUAAUCGCUUUGCCACGACCGGCUUCUCCAGAAUGAGCGAACGUCAAAUAGCUCUUUGGGAGCCUGGAAGAACCGAACCUAUUGGAGGAUUCUCCAUGCUUGACUCCAUCUCUGGUGUUUGCAUGCCAUUCUGGGACGAGGGUUCAAAUUGCCUGUAUCUUGCUGGUAAAGGUGACGGCAAUAUCCGCUACUAUGAAUACGAGAAUGAUAAAUUCGAGUUCCUCAGCGAAUACAAGUCUGCGGAUCCCCAGCGAGGUAUUGCUUUCUUACCCAGACGGGGCAUCAAUGUCCACGAGAACGAAGUGAUGCGGGCUUACAAGACGGUCAGCGACUCGUACAUUGAGCCAAUCUCCUUCACGGUCCCUCGUCGCGCCGAAACCUUCCAGGCGGAUAUUUUCCCCCCCGCCAUCGGGACCAACCCCGCUGUAGGAGCCAGGGAGUGGCUUGACGGCAAGACGGGCAUUCCCGCCAAGAUUGACUUGGAAAGCAUCUACGAGGGCUCUGCGCCAAAGGAGGUACCAUCGGAUUACAGACCGGUCGCUCAACCAGCUGCUGCUGCUGCUCCUGCUCCUGCUCCUGCUCCUGCUUCUGCGUCUAUCGCGAGGGAGGAGCCUGGAAUGGUUGAGCCCAAGGAGGAGCCCAAAUCAUCAGCUCCCAUCACCCGAGGACCACAAUCGUCGAUGAGCGAUCGACAAAAAUCGUCCAUUUCCAGCGUCGCCAACAAGUUCCAGGACAAGGAAGAGGAGGACGAGGAGGGCCAGGAGGAAGGUUCCGGUUUCGAAGAGCUACCCAGGGCCACUCAGCGGACCUCGGGGUACGCCCGCUCGGAACAAAAGCCCAAGGCGGCCCCCGGAAGUGUUCAGUCUCGGAGCCCUGAGCCCGCCAAGCCGGGUUCUCCGGCCAAGACGUCGACGCCUCCAAAAACCUUUCCGGCCGCCACGGCAGCUCCGUCUUGCGCGCCGUCAGCGGGCGUGGAAGAGUGGCUGGGCCAGAUCAAGCAGUUGCUCGAAAGCCAGACCAAAAUCAUGACUGCCCAAAACGACAAGAUUGGGCAGCUCGUAGGCGAGGUCGAGGCGCUCAAGAAAAAGGUCAACACGUCGGCGUCGCAGGACCAGAGUGAACGCAUCAGGCAAUUGGAGCUUGAGCUGGAGGAAGCAAGGUCGUGA